AUGGGUCCUUCUGGCAGACAUGGUAAACAAGGAAUUAUGGGAAGUCCAGGAAUAAAAGGAGAGAAAGGGCAGAAAGGUAAAGUGUUCAAAGAGAAGAAUUUAAAAAUUAACCAGUUUCCGAUACAACCAUUGGAAAAAAUGUGAUUUAACUUGUGCACGGUUAGCGCUGUCUGCAAUUAAAAAACAAAACAGGCCUCCUCGUAUUUGAAAGCCUUUCUAAUCUGGCGAGGUUUAACGUAUUUGAAUUUUCUCCUUGCUUAAAUUCAUUUGCUAAACACUUUUUCUAACUUAUAAAACAAAGUCUAGAGACUGAUAAUUACCAGGCUUCUCUAUGAGCGCCAGCUAGAGUGUACUUUACAUCAACAAAUUUACUAUAGGCGUGAUAACGGUUUGAUUUUGGAAAUUUACGGAGAUUUUAUAAUUGAAGUCACAGUAUGUGUUAUAAGGUUGUUAAGGUCUUCCGUGCUUAAAAUGUCACAGGGUCUCAGGAAAGGGUCCUUUCUCCAAAGUUGCAAGUAUUCAAAUACAAUUGUUUGUUCUUUAAUUGCCUUUACAUGCUGCCUUAAAUUCCUUAUUCAUGUAAGAAUUCACUUUUGAUAUAUACGCGUUAUUGACCAAGCGUGAGGUCAAGAUGGCUGGAUAUUGGCCAAGUUCAUCUUUGCGUUGUUGUGGCCGAGACGAACUCGAGUUCAAUAAAAACGCAAAAAAGAACAAGACCAAUAUGCAGCCAACAGAAACAAACAAGCUUGGUCAAUAGCGGUUUUAUUAUAUGGCCAAAAAGAGAAUUUUUCUUGCGGGACCAUUGCGGGAAAUCCCGAACGGGAAAGAUAGGCCCAUCUUGCCCACGCCCAUCUUGCCCGCGCCCGUCUUGCCUGCUCGGGUAGCCAAUCAGAUAACAAGAUUCGUUUCAUAUUGUCCGCCUACGGAUAUAAUAAAGAAUCAUAUCGUCCAGUAGCGAAGCACUUGAAGUUGAAUAAUGUUACAAUAACCUCAACAGGUGCUGUGGGGCCCAGGGGAAUGAUGGGACUGAAGGGUGAUCCUGGAGAAUCUAUUUCUCUUCCAGUAGCGGUUGUAUCUCCUAACACACAAACAGUGAGAGAGAACCAUUCUGCUACGUUUUACUGCUCGGCCAGUGGCAAUCCAAAGCCUACGGUGACCUGGACAAAAGUGAAAGGCUCACUGAGAAAUAAUAUUGCGAAAUUGGGUCAUGGCGGGAGGCUUGAUAUAAUACACUCGACAUUCAAUGACUCUGGGGAGUAUAAAUGCAUUGCAGUUAAUAUGCUGGGGCAAGAUGAGAAAAUUGUUGAGCUUAUUGUUGAAGGUAAUUAGUUUAUUUAAAAAUGUGAACCCGGUACUCUUUAUUUUCCAUUUGAACUCAACUCAAGUCACGGCGAAACUUGGCUAGUUUCUUGAAUUCAUUGCUGAUAUCAAUUGUUUAAUAACUAAAUCAAGUGACAUAAUCUCCAGUUUUGAUUGCAGUGAAGGUGGAAAUCAAAAUGCAGAGUUUCUAAAAAAUAAUGAGAACACUGACCAAGAGAAACGGUUUAUCAAGAGCCGGUUGUUCAAUUCGAUCACUACGGGAUCAAGUCUUCAAACAAUAAUAAUUAUCUUAAGAUAUUACAUGGCCGCGAGUGAGAGAUACUUUCAGCACGAGAAGAUAAAAUUCGUAUCCCCAAGCGGCCAUGUAAUAUUCUGUUUAUUUUAUAGAUACUGAUGAAAUUCCUACAUAAAACACAACUUUUUGAAACUCUUGUAAUUCUUGUAAUUGGCUAAUCAUAUUAGUAAUCAUGGCGACACCAAUAUCCUCACACAUGAAGGAUAAAAAUAGUAUCUUCACUGUGCGCGAUGAAGAUAUGAUUUUUUAGUAAAAGGAAAAAUCCUGGUAUUUCAUCAGUAUCUAUAUUCUAUAUCACUCCUUUUGAUCUGUCAUACUAAUACUAUUAAUGAUGAAAACAGUAACAACAAUUCAAAAAAGAAAAAAUGCUAUAUACGCCACUUGACAAUUAUUAUAGCGAGGGAAAACAUUAAGACAGACAUAGUGAAUCGAAAAAAAGGAAAUAUGUGAGGAAGUGACAAUCGCAAAGUGAACCAGUGUAAAUCAAAAGGAAUUAAAUUGAAUUGUCUUUGAGAUUCGACUGAUAAAGUCACUCACUUCUUUCUACUUCACAGUUAGCCCGCGAUUCACCAGAGUCCCAGGACGAUUUCUUGUUAUAGAAGAAGAAGCGGUAGCAUCAGUAACUUGUGAAGCCUUUAGUUAUCCACCCUCUGUGAUCACCUGGACACGACCUUUGGUUGCUUUACCAAGGGGACGGAGCAGUGUUACCAACGGAACAUUGACAAUUCAAGACUUCUCUGCUGUAGACACUGGAACAUACGUUUGUACGGCUAAAAACAAACUUGGUUCAGUUACGGCUGUGAUGGCUUUAAAUAUCCAAAGGACGCCUGGUAUUCAUUAUAACACUGGAUUUGUAAAAUUUUAAUCCACUGAACGGGUGGGCUAGUACUUCAUUAUGGGGAUGUCGUUUUUUGAGCGAGAUUGCGACGGUAUUAGUUUUCUCUGAAGGGCGUUGCUCCUUGAAACACUGCAGCUUAGUUGCUAAGUUUAUAAAGGAAUCGCAAAGUCUGCAUACGAAUUAAGUAUUCCAUUAGGCAGCAGCUGACUUCAGGUUUCCUUAGCACGGAAUGACUGGGAGUGUUGCUACACCCCCGCCCCCACCCGCUCAUGGCUAUGGUAGUUGAUUACCUUUGGCAAUGAUAUCGCCCGUACCCAUUUGUCCACCUGGGCGCCUGAGUGAAGGGAGCGAUAAAGUGGAGCAAGGUUUCUUGCUAAGAAAACAAGACAAUGACAAGGCCAAUACCCGGACAUCCAGAUCCGAACUUCGAGGGCAUCACGCCUCCCCACAAAAAGUUCAUUCAUAUACAGUCUAAAAAAUGUCAAGCCUCUUUUACCGGACAAUUCGGUUUUGCGACCUCUUUUCUUUUAUCAACUAAAACAAUGAGUAGAUUAUAGUUUAUAGAGACUUAGAAAGGAGAGAUUAAUCAUAAAGUUCAAUUUUUUUUCUGCCGUUUAUAGUUUAAUUUGUGUUGUUUGCCUUAAUUUUAAGAUUCCUGCAAAGCUGCCGUGUCCAAACAUUCCCCAACAGGUGGAACAUAUGACUUAAAAGUAAACUCAAACAAAUUUCAGGUAAGGUUAAAAAUACAAAACUUGAAUUUUUUCCACGAUUCCGGACGCCCAUUUUACCCUUUUCAAGGCUAACUAACACUAAGUGUUGGUAAGCCUUGAAAAAAAAUGAUGUCAACUGCGAGCAGUUUCGUUCAUCACGACUCGCGGGUUCGCCGUUUGCUUCCAUGGGUGACGCGUGGAGUACAUGUAACUUUGUAAAAAAAGGGACUUCUCGCAGUCUAGUCUUUUCUCGUCAAACGUCGUUGUUUACAUUUGUGCCGGUCGGGAUAAGAACUGGACAGAUUUUAAGAUAAAAGGCUGACUGCAAGCAAUCUAAAAAACAAGAAUUGGUUCUUGUUGUUAUUCUUUUAGAAUAACGACAUUAACUUAAUAACAUCAUUAAUUGAAAAAUUCAUCUAUUUCAUCUCAUCUAAUUCGAGGUUGCCAUUUUACACAGGUGUACUGUGACGUCAAAACCCAAGGUUCACACUGGACUCUUAUCGCCAGAUUUUCAAAUCGCGACACCAAGAACUGGAUGCGAGACGAUGGACACUGGUGGUAUGACCAAAAUGCUUCCAUGGGAACAACAACUGAUCCGUCAGUCAAUACGGAUAUGAUCUCACCAGCUUUCUGGUUGGUCAGCGGCAGAGAGUUUAAGGUCACGCGCAGUGAUGACUCCAGUCACACGCCUCUACUGCAGACCACAGGGAACUGUUUGGGUGGACAAACAUUUCGAUCAAAAGUAACAAGUUAUGGCGACUUUAGAAAUGGCAAGGUUUGGUCCAGUAAAAGGGGCCUAGGAAGCUGCACGGUUCAGUAUGGCGGUCAGUACAAGACAACACACGGGUUUGGUCAGGCUGAGUGCAGCAGCAACAUCCAAAGCAGCAACAAGAUCGGUUUCUGGUGUGACUGGGAUGGUGGUGAUGGAUCAGUGAUGAUGAUUGGUGGAGGAGGAAGUGGCUGUGAUCGUGCUGAUCACGGGAUCGGAAUAACAGAAACAGGGGAUGCUUCUUUUGUUGAAGUUGGCUACACUGAAACUGAAUAUGACUUUGGAAAUGACGCUGAUACAAGGACACCUCCAACCAAGUCAUACUCAUUAAACUUGUGGAUCCGUUGA